AUGCUGCCGGCGCUCCACCACGCCCAACGGCCCGCCUCCACCCGCCCCAAACGCCUCGGCUGCUUCCCGCGAGAUUUCAAGUCCCGCGCCUGCGCUGCGCCGGCCAGAAUGAAGAAGCUGGGCCUACAGGUGCUGGGAAAACUGCAGACUGGAUUCCGCUACCAUGCUGCUGCUGGGGAGAAGCUCCAAGGGACAGAGACUGGAGGGGAAGGCCCAGGUUGCAGGCAGCAGGAGCGGGUCCUGUCUUCUCCCCGCUCUCUUGCAGUGUCUGUGGUCCCUGACUGGCUGAGCAGCGUGCGCCCUUGUCUUCUAUGUCUUAUAUUUCAGAUGCUAAUAGAGGAUCCGAUUACCACUUGUCUUUCUCCCUCAGUCUAUGAUAUGAUCUGUAAACUCGGGUUUGAAGUCAGAGAAAGUUGUGAUAUCAGUCGCAUUGUAACUCAGAGGGGUGAAGUGUGCUGGCCGAGCAUCACAGCCUGUGUGACUUACACACAGUCAGCCCAGAGUCUGGAUUACCGGGGCACUGUGCGGCUGCUGGGCCCUGUGUGUGAGGCUGUCCACCAACAUUUGUUAUCUCUGACCAAGGGGGAGUUUGACAUUCGAUACGCGCCGUGGCUGCAGUGGACAGCUUUUCCAGAGUUAUUUCCUGAAAUAUUUGAUGCUUUGGGAAGCCUUCAAUGUCCCGCUAUUCCUCUUAGCUUAAUGAAACUGACAGCAUGUCUAGAACGGGCUUUGGGUGAUGUGUAUUUACUGAAUGGGAAGGAAUGCCCCUUUCUUUUGAGAGAUCUGCUUGCAUCUGAGGAGCUUGCUGAGGUCUUUGGGCGGUCUGUGAUGGAUGUGCUGAAAGUCUUCGUCGGGUCUCCAUGUGGACUCAACCUGCGUAAUACCCUGUGGCACGGCUUUGCCUCACCUCACGAGAUCCCCCCAAAAUACUGUUCAAUGAUGAUACUGUUGACCGUGGGACUGGGUCAGCUGCUGAAGAGUUACUUGCAGCAAACUAAACUUGUGUUGGCACACCGACCUUUCAUAGCUCUUACAGACCUUGAGGAUUUGGCCAUUUUCCCUGACGUUACUUCUGAGGUACUUUCAGUGUUUGAAGAAGUGAUGAAGAAAUCCACUUUCAUAUUAAAGGUCAUGUUGCCGUACUGGGAAGCUGCAUUAAUCAGGUUUAGGUCACACAGGUUUGCCGACUGUGCCAUGUUGUUACUGACACAGCUAGAGACGGGACUCAGGAGAGUUUUUGCCGCUGUUAACCAAUGUCCAAAAAGACUUCUGACCGCUGAGUCCACGGCUCUUUAUACCACCUUCGAUGAAAUAUUGGCAAAACACUUGGAUGAUGGUAAAAUCAAUCAGCUUCCUCUUUUCCUUGGAGAGCCUGCAAUGGAGUUUCUUUGGGAUUUCCUAAACCAUCAGGAGGGCCCCCGUAUAAGAGACCAUUUAAGCCAUGGGGAAAUCAACUUACCUGAAUUUCCGAAAGAGGCAGCAAACCAAUUGCUUGCAUUUUCCGUUGUACUUUUACUCAGAUUCACUGAUGAAGAUCUGUCAGCGGCCCUUAAGGAAAAAGCAGCGAUAAAAUCACUGGUUGGUCUUGCAGAGGGUUACCACGCCCACUUCCACCCAGUUUCUCAGCUUAAAAAACAGGUGCUGAGCUGUGAGAAGAGCAUCAGGGUUUGGCCCCUCCUGCCUUUGCCUGAAGAGGCCGAGGAGGCAGCCAGAUUAGAAGGUACUUCUGAAACACAGGCCUGCGAGGCUUUAAUCACAGAAAUCCUGAGAGCGCUGCCCCACCACUUGCCCGAGAGUCGUGGUGUUGUCAGCGACUGGGGCAGUCUUUCCGCCGAGAGGUGGCCCCAGGUGAUCCAGGAACUCUGCGGCACCCCUGUCCCAACUCUCUUCUGUCCCAGAACCGUUCUGGAAGUGCUCACUGUGCUCCGAAACAUCAGCACACACUGCGCCCGCGUGUCCAGCCAGGUCGCUGCCUCUGUGGAGCUGAGACACCAGCAGUGGGUGGAAAGGAGGCUGCGCUCCCGGCAGAGGCAGACCUACCUGCACAUGCUCACUAGUAUUAAGCUUCUGUCUCCUGUGCUUUACCUGAUUUUAUUGCUGAUUGCCCUGGAAUUGGUCAACAUUCAUGUGGUUCAUGGAAAAAAUACUUAUGAAUAUCAACAGUAUCUAAAGUUCUUAAAGUCGAUCUUGCAGUAUACGGAGAACCUGGUGACUUACACCAGCCAGCAGAAGAACAAGUGGAACGACACGAUCAAUCUUACACAUACAGCUCUGUUGAAAAUUUGGACUUUCAGUGAGAAGAAACAAAUGUUAAUACAUUUAGCCAAGAAAUCCACAAGUAAAGGAGGUUUAUGA